GCAGGUUAUAACGCGGCGCUGCUGUCAUUUCGUUCCCCUGAUUGCCGUCACUCGCGACUCUUCCCUGAGCGCCGUCGAAGCUGUUGGUCUCGUCGAUUGCUCUGCACUACUGAAGCGCUACGGGCGAAUGAAAGAUGGACAAGGUCUUCGGUGAACGCCACGACGAGGUCGAUACCGUAGAAUACUCUAUACAUAGGGACUUCCGUCCGUCUCCUGCAUAUCCAGCACCCACGCAGGCGGAAUGGCAGCAGGCGGCAGAAGAGUUCAUUGCGGAAGUGUUCUCCUUCGUCUCGCAAUGGACCGACGGCUAUAUCUGGCACAAGGAUGCGUUUGUCUUGAGGACUGAUAGCGGGUUUGACGCCUCAACCUCGUGUAUUCGCGGCUCUACACGGUUCGGUGACUGCUUGGAAGACGAGUGGUUUAUUGUAUCGCUACUGGUCGAAAUCACAGCGAAAUAUCCAGAUGCCGUCGUCAGUGUUCGCGACAACGACGGGGAGUUUUUACUCAUCGAGGCGGCUGAUCACUUGAGCGCCUGGAUUGAUCCUACUACCAUCCGGAACAGAGUGUUUUUGCAUAAGGGCGUUCUUCAUAUCAUUCCCAUUCCGCGAACACCAGCCGAAAUCCCACUCUACCCAGCCGGCAAUAUUACUCUCGAACAAGCCCUAGACACUAUCAGAGGCUCCGCACCGACGAAUGCACCAGAGAAGGUGCAAGAUGUCAUUAUGCAACGUCUCAACGGUUACCCGGGUGCUGCGAUGAAAAACAUGCAUCAUGCAAAGUGUCAUGUUCCAUUCAAUGUUGCGCAGGUGUUACAUCAUGAGCCCAAUUUGAUUGCGCCUGCUGUUGAGGCAUUCUAUAACCGCGAUCCAUUGGCGUUGAAGGCCUGCUAUAAAAUGGAGCAAUUCCCACCCGCCUCCUCAACCACAUCCCUCAUCCGCAUGAACCGCCAUCAAUACGCCCAACUCGUCAGCCAAAAGUUCCACCCGCCAAAACCCUUCCGCCUGCCUCCACCCAACUCCCCCGACUUCAAAUCCCACGAACUGGGCAUGAAGAUCGCCUGCGGUUUCGAAAUGCUCUAUGCCGACGAACACUGGCAGAAUCUGGAUACGCAGGCGGACGCAGCUACGGUCGAUACCUAUGCAUUCGCCGCGGAUCCAGCCUGGGCGCGGUUUCUUCACAAACUCAACAAACUGAACUUCUUCCGCUCCGAGCUCCCCGGUUCACGAAUUUACAAAGACCUCGAAUCCAGAGCACAGUUCCAGUUCCUGCAAGCCAGGACGACGGAACAGAAAGAAGAUAACCCCGUCACGCGGAUAAAGGCCGCCCUCGCCCGUCCGCCUGUCAACAUAACCGACACAAACCUCAACGAAGACAGCGACAGCUGGAUGGACAUCGACCCCACGCACCUGGACGAUAUGCUGAACGCCCGACAGGAGGAGUUCAAACACGCCCAGGAAGAUUUUGCGGGCAUGCCCCGCGGCGAAGAGGACGUGGAGGAGAUGGAUGAGGAGGAUCAGCGGGAUAUGGAUGAGUUGGCGAAGAUGUUUGGUGGGUUUAGCGAGUUUGUUGGGAAGCAGAGUGGGUUGAAAGGGGCGUUGUUUCCGAAUGAGGAGGAGGACGAGGAGGAGGAGGAUAAUGAGGAUGAGGGCGAUGGGGGGCGUGGGAGAACGGCGGCGGAUCGUGCAGGGGGUAUCAAAUUCGAUGACCAGCAAUUCAUGCAGACCCUAAUGCAAGCCUUCGGUAUCGACGCCACCGAAAUGGCUCACUUGCAAAACCAAAAAUCCCCUCAACAACAAUUCGACCCAGACGUGCUCAGACCCGCCUCGACCGACGACAGCAGGUUCACAGAACUAGCAGACGACGAUGACGACUGGACCGCACCGUUCUCCCGCACCGAUAACGCAGAGGAUUCGGAAACCGACGAACCUACAGGCGACCCACAACUGGAGCAGUACAUGCAAGCGAUGGACCGCGAGCUCUUGCAUACCAAACUCGCGGGGACGUUCGAAAAGGCCGUUCCCGCACCAUCCCAACCCAACUCAAAGGACGAUGAGAAUGAUGAGGAAGAAGGUGAUGAGGAAACACGCAAAAACGCACCAGUAGAUCUAGACCUGAACCUCGUCAAGAACAUCCUGGAGUCGUUUUCGGCGCAGGAGGGGUUGCCGGGGCCCGCGGGGAGUAUGUUGGGCGGGUUGGGAAUCAAGAUGCCGAGGUUGGGGGAGGGGGCGAGGAAGGGUGGGGGAGGGAGGAGGGGAUGAGUUUGGGGAGGGAGAUUAUGGCGACGGAUUGUGUGGACGACGCUUCGUAGGCUUGCACCCAGAGGUCCUUCCGAAGGGUCCUGA